AGCUGAUGCCACAAACAUCAGCCAAAAUUUUCCAGUGGUAAAGUCGUGUUUCUAUAUUGUCUCCGUAGUAUCUGUCCUCACACCACCUCUUUUUCUUCUGUUCAGCCUUCCUUAGUUCGUCACUAUCUCCAGAAAAGCUAGCUAGCCGUGUUUUGCCACAGUAUUCUGCCUGUUAGCCUCCAGAAACGCAACAACAACGAUGGCAAGCGGGGACGUCCUCUCACCUGAAGUGGAAGUUUUCCAACAAAAUGGCGAGGUCGAAGGGGAGGUGGAUGAGAAUUUCUCCGAGUCUCCCGCGGCCUCUCCCAACCUCAACGACCUCCGACCGAAGCUGAAGGCCAAGCGUAGGGCGAAGAGAAGCCCUAGCAAGGAAGACCAGCAGUUGUCAUCCACCAACGGCGUCAAUGUCAGCCAACUGAGCCGAUCCAAGCCGAGAUACGACCGCAAGUCCCGCACAGCCUACGGACGGGGGCUUCCCAAGAAAGGUGGAGCUGGUGGCAAGGGUGUUUGGGGGAAGCCUGGCUGUGAACUGGACAUUGAUGGUGUCAUUGAUGAGAAGGAUCCCAACUACGAUUCGGAUGCUCAGGGUAACUAUGAACUGGAGACCAUUGCUCCAGAGUUGACGCCAGAGGAAGUGGAGAAGACCAUCAAGCCUGUGAUUCAGGAGUACUUUGAACAUGGAGACACAAAUGAAGUUGCAGUGACACUUGGUGAGCUGAACCUUGGGCACAAGAAACAUGAGAUUGCGACCCACGCUGUGAGCAUGGCCCUGGACAAGCACGACUCUCACCGUGAGAUGACGUCGCGGCUGAUCUCGGACCUGUACGGGAAGAUCCUGACCCAGAAGGAGAUGGCCACUGCCUUUGACUCCAUCCUGGAUGACUUGGCGGACCUGACCCUGGAUACUCCUGAUGCUCCACAUGUGGUGGGCUCCUUCAUUGCCAGGGCUGUUGCAGAUGAUGUUCUUCCUCCCAAGUAUGUUACUGAGUACAGGGGGAGUGGUGACUCCAAGCAAACCAGUGAAGGGUCAAGUCUUACAGAAGAGAUGAUUAAUUCCAGUGCGACCCUCCCUCCAGAUGUUCAGGCCGCCCUGGACCGUGCCCACGUGCUGCUGAGUAUGAAACAUGGGAUGGUUCGCCUUGACAAUGUCUGGGGUGUCGGUGGCGGCCAGCGACCCGUCAAAUACCUCAUCAAAAAGAUGAACAUGCUCCUGAGGGAGUACCUGUCCUCCCGGGACAUCCAGGAGGCCACACGCUGCCUGCAGGAGCUGGAGGUGCCUCACUUCCACCACGAGCUCGUCUACGAGGCUGUGGUGACUGUGCUGGAGGCAGGGUCGGAACAGGUGGACACUGCAAUCCUCAUGCUGCUUAAGUCUCUCGCUGAUGCAAUCAUUCUUACCGUGGACCAGAUUGACAGGGGCUUUGACCGUGUGUUUGAGUCCAUGCCAGACAUAGUUCUUGAUGUGCCCAAUGCCCACACCGUCCUCGAGAGGUUCUCUGAGGAGUGCCACAAGGAGGGAGUCAUCACCAAUCGCACCAAGGCCAAGGUGCCCAUCAGGGCCCGCAAGCGCUUUGUCAGCGAGGGUGAUGGUGGCCGUAUCAAGGAGUGAGCAGGGCCGACCCAUGAUUGGCUACACAUCACAUGACCCAUGGCAUACUGUUGCCCUUGACUUGAUUGUACAGCUUGUUUAUGAGGGGGCCAAAGUGUAGAAAAAAUUAUGUACUUAUGACAGAAUUGUCCUGGUCUUCUGUGGUGAAGCAUCAGCUUGUGCUAGUGUCUAACUUCCUAAUGUGUACACUUAACAUUGGUUUAACAUUGUGAAGAUGCCACUGCCAUUUGAAACGCUGUCUUGAAACUUUGGUAAAUGCUUUGAUCAGUAUUGACAAACAAAACAAAUUCCAUUUGUUUUCUGUAAAAAAAAUGCAUUUUCUGAUGCAGUUUUUGUGUAGUGUGGUGUUGGUAAGUUUGCUGAAGACCAGGACAAGAAAUGGUGUACAAGUACUUCUGAAGACAACAAACAAAGCAGCAGUGCUGUCAAUCUUGGCAUGAGGGAGAGCUGUACUUGGGUCAUGAGUACUCCAAUUGAAGGCCAAGGGUCACCUUCGGGUGCCUUAAUUGGGAAGAUGUUGUACGCUGGAGAAAUAUAUGUGUAUAUGGAUGUUCUAUGUAGAAAAAAAAGAAAAAAAGGGGCAGCUGACGUGACAAUAUGUUAGGUUUUCAAUGGUAUCAGUUCCAGAUGGGCAUACAAAGGUGUAGAAUGACCUAAGGCAAUACUAUUGUGUGCCCUAAAGAUGUUAAGCAACAGAAAUUUUAGGUAAUUGGCCUCUGGUGCUAUACCUUGUAAUUGUCCUUGUACCGCAGACAAAGUAGAGUAGGGAAACUUUGAAAAAGAAAGAAAAAAUACAUGUCAUUUCCUGUAUUUGACAGUUAACUCUUUUUGGCAAAUUCCAGAUGAAAAAUGUCAAUUCAAAUUCUUAGCAAUAGACAUUCAUUUGUUUACAUCAUUGUAUGCCUGUCCAAGAAACUGGCCAAUUGUAACCAGUGUUCUGCUUUCUAGUGAGAGACAUAUCACUGCUGGUUUAAUGAUAAAGUUAAUCAGUCCCACAGUACAAGUUAGGUCAGGUGUUGAAGAAAAAAGUGUAAAAAAA